AUGUUUAGAGAGCGAAACCGAACAGGCUAUUUUAUUUUUUUUAUUAAAUUAUUUUCAUUACGGGUCACAGAGGGAACUUGUAAAACCGGAUCACAAAAGAAACCUAAUCUGAUAAUUUACUUUAUCUGA